CUUUGACAAUGUACUGUCGACGCCAAAAUCACCUUGGAGAAGUUAAAACUUAAAAGAAUUAAAAUGUCAAAAGAACACAACUUUUGAUAGGCAAAAUCAGCUUGGAGAACUGUCCACGACAUACCAACUCUCUUCCACUAAAAGAUACUAAUUAGUACAGACCCCUCCCUGUUGUAGCUCCUAAUGUCACAACUGGCCUUUUUUCCUGACCAUUGCCAUUGCGGCAUUCCCCAUGACACAAACCCCCUUUCAGGAACAUUUGUAACAUCAACUUAAGUUUUUUUGAACAUGUUCAUAAAUCAAAGUUUCCCUGCAGAUGUAUGUUGAGAACGGCUAAGUUAUUCCCUGCAGAUGCUGUUGAGAAGGCUAAGUAUCUUUCCCCUUGAACCUGCUGAUAACCUUAAAUAGACACAUCAAGCAGAACCUCGAUAGAAGUCUGCUUCUUUGGCUCAAACAUCCAUCCACCAGCGACCUACUAAACCCAGAAGCAUAGAAGCAAUUAAAAGGAAAUGAAAUUGAGGGAUUGCAGUCAGACUGAAGAGCUGAGACAUGGAACUCAACAUGGCAAUGCAUACACUGCAACCUAGAAUGCCUCCAGCUCAAUCCUUGCAUAUUAGUGAAAGAGAAAAACAUUAUGUUUAAGUAUGAGAAACUUGAACUGCGUAGAAACUCAUCUUUCAAUUAAGCGAAGAAAAGUUAAGAAGCAAAGGAUCAAACACCCUCACAUAAUUUUAUCAAUGAACUGUAAAGUGAACCCUUCAGGUUGAACAUACCGUGGUAAUGAAACUUCAGAGGGAACAACAAACACCCUCACAAAAUCCCAACUAUCUCAGCUGAGACUCGCCUCGGUAACUUGUAGAUAUCAUGGUCGUCAAGGGCUGGCAGGAUUUCUGGUGUUCUUUUCCACCAAACUCCACAUAUGAUGUGCAUGUGUGCACACCGACUUGUGAUCAAAUAUCCUCAAUUUUUUUUCCCUUCGAAACCUGCAAACAAAAUUUCGAGUCUACCACAUAUGAUGUGCAUGUGUCGCUCUUAUGAUCUUAUCGUAUUCGAAAUUGGAUUAGAUUAAUCUAAUGACUGUUAACGAACAAGCAAUCAACUAAAAUUGCAAUGAAGCAACAACCAAUUGCUUAUCACAAUCAUCCCUCAAAAAGUGCUUAUCACAAUAUUUCUCGAGUCCCAUCACAAUCUAAUGUCUUUCUCCCCGUUCUUUACACGCCAUCGGCAAUAACAACUGCUCUUCCUUUCUCAUUUUGGAUGAGGAGAUGGUAAGUGAAAUUUUUGUGUGGGCUUAUUAUCUUUCACUCUUCCAAUAACAUUGUUAUAUGGCGGGGGCUUAAAAAUCAGACUAUUCCAUCUCGUCAUCGCAUGUGCCAUAGUGUGUGAAGUUUCGUUGGUUGAACGAAGAACGUGACUACAACCUCUCUUUCCCAUCUCGACCAAGUAGCAAUUGAUACUACGACAUAGAGUGCCAAGCUCGUUAUCACUAGUUGUGGUACUUUUUGCAAUUUUUGAAUUAAGGUAAGAGAAUCUAACUUUAGAAUGGGACGUGCUAACUAAAGCCUAAAAUUCUCCGCCAUUGCCUUUGGCAUCUCAGCUUCCCAAGUUCCCGGAAAGCUCUUUAAGAAGCUAGUAUGAAGUGCCAUCCGAUCCCCUGGUUACUACGCACAACCCUGAUUUGGAAGGAUGGUUGCGACAGUGACGAUUCCGCGGGGGACAAAGUCGAGCUACAUUAAUUAAAUCGAUAAUCUUUUCUUACCUCCUUUGUCUAUGUUGGACGUUGAUUAUAUUAGUUACGAUUUUAAUUUACUUCAUAUUGAAUAUUGGCAUUCAUGUACGAUCAAUGGCUUGGUUUAGUGGUAAUACCACUAGCCUUGAAUCUUGAGGUCACAUGUUCGAAUCCCUUCAGUAGUACCUAACACAAAAAGUAAACCUAUAUCACCCUUAGAAAAAAAUUCAGUUGCAUUCAUGCAUAAAGCUCUAUGCCCGAGUUCUCCUUUUAGAAAAAGCGAAGGAGUACAAUGACUCCUACAAUACUAAGGAAAACAUGAAACUUUCCAACCGGGUUAAACUUUGAUCCGAGGUUGAUUUGAGGUAUUGAUCUAAUCUCGAAAGGAUUACAGUGGGUACAACUUGGGCUAAAUAUAAAGAAGUCCUAUCCAGGAUAUAGUAUGCUCAGAAGCCACAUAUAUGCAAAUUAUCCUAGAACCUACCAAAAAAAAUGAUGUUAUGCUACCAAAAAAUACUAGGUUUACCUAACUAAGGUUGUCACCUUAUUAAUGUAUAUUUCUUGUACUAGUGCUCGUUUCCUCCCUAAAUGUUAUUGAGAUUUGAGAAGUGUGUAUUAUGUGAAAAAUAUAAUUUUUUUUUUUUGUGAAUGAAGAAAUAACCAUAAACUGCAUGCAUCAUGUUCACCUUAAAUUCUCAUGUUAUUUCCUGCAUAGUUAACCUUGAAUCUUUUAUGCAUGAUGGUAGAUGGAUCACAUCACCAGGAACUUGAUCCCGCCAAUGAACCUACCAUCAAACCUAUCUGGGUAGAUUAUACUGUCAACGAUAUGAAAAGGAUGUCAUUGAAAAUUUUGCUAGACAUCAUGUUGAGAACCUUGAAGGGGUACGCUGAACUAUUUGUCGAAGGAACAAAGAAGGCAGUAGUUAGAGACUAUAAAUACCAUAAUACUCCAAUCAAACAUCUUAAUUGACAUCUAGAUCUUAUGUUAAUCAAUAUGUUUACAUAACUUUAAGAGUACCACUGGAUGACAAAGAGUAUCAUUAUGAUGGAAGGAUUAAAGCAUCCAGUCUACCAACACUCAACAAUGACCAGCAACUUACUCAAAGGAGCUGACUACUGUCUAAGGCGAGUAGCAGUAGCACAUAACUAUGUUAGAGAGUGCUCCAAAUCCUCGGUUGAGACGAUUGUUGAUGACCAUACACUCUCAUGCAAGACUAAAGGAAGAAGGAAAAGAUCAAUCAAUGAAGAAGAAGGCCGACAGUGUUGGAAGAAUUUUGCACAGAACUCCCUUCUUAGAAUGAAGGAUGCGAAUUGAUGCCUACCCCACUUCUUAGGGGGAAGGUCAGAAUGCUUAGGGUAGGAUGGCUUGUUCACUUUGUAAAUUUUGUGUAAAUGACUUAGAGUCUGAUCUAGCCAUCUUUUUACUCGAGCAUGGUUAGCCAUCUUGUUGCAAUACACGACUAAGCGGCUCCUAAGAUACGUGGUACCAUUAUACUUCUCAAACUCGAGCAUUUUAAACUUUUUGUGUAUCACUACAUUAGUAACUUGGCAACUGUGUAACAUUCGUGGGUCCAUAUGAUUAUACCCCUUUGAUUGCCCUCAUUCUUUCUGCUAGAUACUCCCACUUUUCCUUUAAUGCCGCAUUGGUAACUGAUGUUCCUUUCUCGUUUUCUCCUAAGUCAUCAUGGGUUUAUGUUCCUUUCUCUUCCGCAAGAUUCAUGGACGCAUAAGAAAGUCAUUGCUACCUGGUCGAGCCAAAGACCCCUACUCACCAAUCAUAACCAUGGCCCCGUUGAUCAUAAAAAUCCCAAGGGAGUUCAAAUACGAAGAUCCGAAAGUGGUGUCAUGUGUAUAUACUUGCUAAGUGCAUCAAGAAGUCAACAACACAUCGUGUAAAGUAACGAAUAAAUCGAGACAAGAGGAAUAAUGAGAUCGGGCAAACAAUACUAGAAGAUUUUAAGGGUGUAGAAUUGAGGAAUUAGCAAUAAGGCAAGAAAUGAAGCAAUGGAAGAAAAAACUUAUGGAGCCCACAAGUCCUUUAAAUGACGAAAGAGAAGAAGAAAUACCAAGAGCAAAAGAACCAGAAGAAUAUGAGCCGCAAAUUUCUGAUGAAGAUGCUUGUGAUUUCAAGAGUUGAUCAAACAAAGCUAGUUUAGUGUGAUGGAACAACUAAAUCGCAUGCAUGCACAUAUCUCUAUUUUAUCCUUAAUUCUCAACUCGGAACCUCAUCGAGGAGGCCUCAUGAGUCAUGAAGGUUUUGAACAAGCCUCAAGUAUGUCAUAAUGUAUCAAUAGAUAAGUGAGAUGGAAUUGUAGGGCAAUCCUUACUAAUGACAAUAUUUCUUUCAACGAGGACGAGAACCCCGCCGAAGGUUCAGGUCAUACAAAAGCCUUGCACAUUUCUUUGAAACGCGAAUGACACAUGGUAGCCCGUGCAAUAGUCUAUAACAGGUCGGCCCUAAAUGUAAUGGCAAACUUAAAUCUCAAUAAAAUUUAUAUUGAUGAGCCAUAAAUCACAUCGAGCUUCAUGGUCAUCUGAGACUUCAAUGAAACUGAAUGUAAUGUGAUGGCCGAGAUUGAUUAUAUAUAGAGAUAGAUAGAUAGAUAGAUAGAUAGAUAGAUAGAUAGAUAGGAGUGAUAUAUGCUACUUUUUUGUGAUUAUGUACUACUUAACGGAUUGAACAUGAGAUUUUCAGGUUCCAGAUUAUUGAUUUUACCACUAGAUCAAGUCCUUAUUCGUAUCGGCAAUAUUGAUUUUCUAAUUCACCAAUUGUGUUGGACAUCUUAUUCAAGUAAUGGACAUCCACCCCCAUAUAACCUCCUACUAGAGAUCCACUCAGUUGGGGCAAUUUCGUCGUCACUACACCGGAAAGUGAACUUCGUCGUUGACGGAAAGCUAGUGAAGAUCUUCGAGGAGGGGAUCUUGGUAACUAAAACCCCGGACCGGAUCUCUCUUGAUUGCAAAAUGAUUUUGUUUUCACAAUUGCUUUAAUUAAAAUAAGAAACAAGAUUUAAAAAC